AUGCCUAUUGACUACAGCAAAUGGGACGCGCUGGAGCUCAGCGAUGACUCCGACAUCGAAGUCCACCCCAAUGUCGACAAGCGCUCCUUCAUCCGUGCAAAGCAGGAGCAGAUCCACAUGGAGCGCGCCCAGCGCCGCCACCAGAUCACCACCCUGAAGUACGAACGUAUCAUCAACGAUGGCCUUAUGGAGCGUAUCGACAACCUCCUCACUGCCCUGAAGUCUCACAGAGACAGCGCAUCUCCUGAGAAUGCCGACCAGCUCGUCUUCCAGUCUAUGAUGGAGUCUGCCGUCGACCCGUCACAAGACCAGCCCCCGCCACCUCCCGAGGGUGUACACACACAGAUCAAGCACAAGCCCACGUGGUCACAAAUGUUGGCAGCCUUGAUCGAUGAGGUCAAGAAGGAAGUCGACGAGAAGAAGCCAGAGAGCCGGUACGAGGGCUUCAUCACUCAGGUGCAAUCGCACAGGGACAGGGUGGCUGGUCUGCAAAAGGAGCUCCUGGCCAAGCUUGCCGAGCUGGAGAAGGAGGACAAGAAGCACAUCACCAGCGAUGAUAUCCACACGGGCUUCGAUUACUCGAACGUCAAGAAGGGCGAGCAGGCCUCGUCCUCGUCAAAGCCUGCGCAGCAGGAAUCGGUUGAGCUCCUCAAUCCUGGCCGUCCGGACAUGUCUCGCACCGACACUGGCCAAUCUUCUGGCGCUGAUGCGGAUGUGGAGGACGAUGACCCUGACAACAUCAAGGCCAGCCCCGAUGCGAAGGCCUUCGCCAAGAUCAAGAUGGAUGAUUACCGCACCAGUCUGCAAUUCAUUUCGACGCACCCGAAUAUUCUCAAGGAAAGGGAGACGGAUGGCUUGUUGGUUGAGGCCUUCGAUGCGGAGCUCGAGGGAAAGCAUGCGUAUGCCCACCAGUGCGUGCAUGCAGCGCUGCUUAUCCAGUACUGCCGCCAGCUUGGCAAGGACGGCGUGCAGCUUUUCUUCAAGCGUAUCACGACCAAAGACCACCAAGCGCGGAAGCUCUUCAGGGACGAUGUGGACAACACGUAUAGGCGCAUCAAUACGCGUGCGGCUGAGAUCCUCGAAGAGCGCAAGAACAACCCCGAACCCGAAGGUGUUGAGCAAAUUCAGUUGCACGCCGUUGAUCCCAACACGACAAUUAACAUCCGCGUCCCCCUGCCCAUCGAUGAGUCGAAUCCGGACUCGCUGAGCGAUGACAACAAGAUCGCACGGACAAUCUUCGAGACGUUCCCGCCAGGCCUGCAGCGGGCUCUGGAAAGCGGCAAGCUUGAUGAAGUGAACAAGGUUCUGGCGAAGAUGAGCGUGGACGAGGCGGAGCAGGUGGUGGAACAGCUCGGCAAUGGCGGCAUGCUCAGCCUGGAGGAGGGCGUGAUUGACGCAACUACGGAGGAGGGCCAGGCCAAGGUCAAGGAGAUUGAGAAGACGGGCCGCAUGCCGGGCGAGGUGGACGAGGCGCAGCUGGCGGCAGACCCGGAGUAA